CCUUCUUCUGCAUUCUCCACUUCUCUCUCUCUCUUUCUUUCUUUCUUUCUAACCAUGGAGUCCUCAAAGAUCUAUGCUUAUCUCUUCCUUUGCAUGCUCUUCAUCUCCUCUGCCACUCCCAUUCUAGGCUGUGGCUACUGUGGGAAACCCAAGAAGCAAAAGCCAAGUAGAAAACCAAAGACCACACCUAUUGUUAAGCCCCCAGUCACCCUCCCUCCCAUUGUCGUUCCACCAAUCACUGUGCCUCCCGUCAUCGUUCCUCCCGUCAUCACCCCUCCCAGUCUGAAGCCACCCGUUUCACUCCCUAUUCCACCAAUAUUGAAUCCCCCAGUGAUUCUCCCACCCGUGCUUAACCCACCAACCACUCCGGCGAAGGGAGGGAACAGUCCAUGCCCGCCACCCAAGUCUCCGGCGCAGGCUACGUGCCCCAUUGACACUCUGAAACUGGGUUCCUGUGUGGAUCUGCUUGGGGGGUUGAUUCACAUUGGUGUGGGAGACCCGGCUGCCAACCAGUGCUGUCCAGUGCUUCAAGGACUGGUUGAGGUUGAAGCUGCAGCGUGCCUUUGCACCACUCUUAAGCUCAAGCUUCUCAACCUCAACAUUUAUGUCCCUCUUGCCCUUCAGCUCCUUGUGGCUUGUGGCAAGUCUCCUCCUCCUGGUUACACCUGCUCCCUCUAAACCAGUGAAAGGAUUGGGGAAUAUAUGGUCAAAAUCGACAUGAGAGGAUGUCGAAGGAACCACUCUAUCUCUCAUCUCUCCUGAUUGGAAUUGCUGUUGUUUGUUUUUCCUAUUAUUUGUAAAACCAUUUGUUUUCUUCAAUUGAGAUUGUUUGCAUGUAUGUUUUAAUCCUAGGCAAGUAGUAGUAAACAUGCUUUUUUGUGACAUUUUCAAUUAUUAAUUUAUAUCAACUGUGUUUUGUCGAGUA